AUGAUGGUGCUCUGGGCCUUUUGUGCUGCUCACAGUCCGGCGGCGAUGGAGUGGCCGCCCACGAGCCCAAAGUUCGGGAAAGCAGAUUCGUACGAGAAGCUGGAGAAGCUCGGCGAGGGAUCCUACGCCACCGUCUACAAAGGGAAGAGCAAGGUAAAUGGGAAGCUGGUUGCAUUGAAAGUGAUUCGUCUGCAGGAGGAAGAGGGAACGCCAUUCACAGCGAUUAGAGAAGCAUCUCUGCUGAAAGGCCUGAAACACGCCAACAUCGUGCUGCUCCACGACAUCAUUCACACCAAGGAAACCCUGACGCUGGUCUUCGAGUAUGUGCACACAGAUCUGUGUCAGUACAUGGACAAACAUCCCGGCGGCCUCCAUCCAGACAACGUCAGGCUGUUCCUGUUCCAGUUACUGAGGGGUUUGUCUUACAUCCAUCAGCGCUACAUCCUUCACCGAGACCUGAAACCACAGAACCUGCUCAUCAGCGACACCGGAGAACUCAAACUGGCCGACUUCGGUCUGGCCCGUGCGAAGUCGGUCCCCAGCCACACAUACUCUAAUGAAGUGGUGACGCUCUGGUAUCGUCCUCCAGACGUGCUGCUGGGAUCCACAGACUACUCCACCUGUCUGGACAUGUGGGGUGUCGGAUGCAUCUUCGUGGAAAUGAUCCAGGGAGUGGCGGCGUUCCCGGGCAUGAAGGACAUUCAGGAUCAGCUGGAGAGGAUAUUUCUGGUUUUGGGGACGCAGUCAGAGGAGACGUGGCCAGGUGUUCACUCUCUCCCGCACUUCAAACCAGAUCGAUUCACUGUCUACAGUCCCAAGAAACUCAGACAAGCCUGGAAUAAGCGGCGCUUCAUCACGUGUACUUCAGCCAUCUGCCCCCGAGACUCUGGGAGCUGCCUGACAUGUCUUCAAUCUUCAGCGUUCCCACCGUUAAGCUACAGCCGGAGUCUGGCGACAGCAUCCAGGUGUGCAGUAAGAGCCACAGUCACGGCAAAGCAACGUCAAACAGCAAACACUGACCCGGAGCCAAACAGGUUGGCGCUGUCAGCCUUCAAGAUGGAAAAAGAACAAAGAGGAGAACGAGACGGGAACGGCUCUUCAUGUUUAUUUAAAUUAUUUCAUUUUUGGCUGGUUUGACCUUCCAUGUGGGACUGAGAGCAAUUCAGUCAAAUCUGAGUUUUUUCCAUCAGGAAUGUCGUGUAACAUUCCCACAUCGACAGCAUGCGAACGACGUCCGGACUUCAAAAGGCAAUUAAUACGAACUGUUUGUGUAGCUACCUAUAUACAAAUGUUUGUACAGUUAAAUAUGUGUCUAUCUGAGAGAACAAACCAAAUGCCCUCUCACGCACAAUCACGCAUUAUCGAGACCAAGCUGGCAUUUCGCAUUUCCUGCAAUCUUCCACAUUAUUGGCUAUGGUAUGGUCCAGCUGCACUCCCAAUAACAAUGACAAUAAUUCCCACAAUAGUAGCUAGGGAUGCACUGAUGUAUCGGCCGAUAAUUAUCUGCACUAUCAGCCAACGACCGAUUAUUUAAAAAUAGCCAAUCAAAAGGUGGCAGAAAAACAUGUCAGACAGCAACUUGUCUUGUGUUGAAUUUAGGGCUGUCAACGUUAAAGCAAUAAUAACGCAUUAACGCAGCGCUGUUGAAUCAGCAACCCUAUAAAUCACCCAUAGUUCAAGCCAGGGUUACCAGAUCCAGUUUCCAUUUCACAGAACAUUAUUUGUAUUGCACCUCCUAUCCAAUAAUCGCAAAGAUCUUUGUGCUAUGUUACUUCUGAUAAAAAAACAAAGUCUCAGCUUUCAAAUCAUGUACAUUUUAUUAUUAAAUUCAAACAAUAAAUGCCGUUUUGACGCUCUUAAGUGUGGCGUGACGUAUUGCUGUAGUGCUUCAGUUUAAGGGGCAGCACCGAGUCUUUUCGCACUAAAUUUAAAUGAAUGAAAAUCUGAAGGUGUUGAAAGAUACAGUAUAACCUACCAAAAUUGAUCAUGUCUCAUGUAAUCCCUCAAUCAGUGUUUUAACGGAAAAAAACGUCAAAUAAAACGUUAUGAAAAGGUUAUGAGCAAUGUCACUUAACGUUGCAUUUAGCUCAGGAAAG